CAAGAAAUGAUUUACAAUUUUUCACGCAAGAGGACGACCUCAUCAAUUUAGCGCGCUAGCGUACACGUGAUUUCCUAAAUUAAAAGUUGAAUACAAAUUUCUGCUUUAUUUAUUAGAAUUUAUCAGUUUCCUACAUGUUGUGACGAUAAUAGUUGGAAGUCAUCUAUUAUUAUCAAGAAUGAAUAAGAAGGAUAAAAUUCAAUUGUUGCGGAAUGCAAUCAGAAGUUAUCCUGACUUUCCUAAACCUGGUAUUAUAUUUCGAGAUAUAUUUGGUGUCUUCCACAAUGUAGCAGCAUUGAGAGCAAUGAGGGAUUUAAUAGUAGAACAUAUUUUAUUCCUUGAAGUUGAUUUGAUUAUAGGUCUUGAUUCAAGAGGUUUCCUCUUUGGACCCAUUAUAUGCAUGGAAAUGGGCAAGCCUUUUGUACCUAUUAGGAAGAAAGGCAAACUCCCAGGGGAGGUUUUACAAAAACCUUAUACUCUUGAAUAUGGGGAGGAUACCUUUGAAAUACAAAAGGAUUAUAUAAAUAAAGGGGCACGGGUGAUCAUUGUAGAUGAUCUGUUAGCCACAGGAGGUUCCAUGACAGCUGCAGUAGAAUUGGUAAAAUCUGCUGAAGCUGAGGUGAUUGAAUGCUUAGUAAUAAUUGAACUAACUAAUUUAAAUGGAAGAGACAAGGUUGGUGUUCCUGUUCAUUCAUUUAUUCAGUAUGACUAGUCUUUACCUUGAGACAAUGUUAAAAGUAUAAUUUUAAACCAAAACUUUGUACAGUGUACAGUACAAUACUAUCAGCAUUUUUAGUGUUGAGCACUCAAAUAAAGAAAUUUAUAUUUU